UUAAGAGUCAUGUUAUUGCAAUCAUUUCAAGUUAACGGGUUCCAACAUCCACUUAUUUUUUAUAGAUAAAGAGUUAAUAGGUCAUUUUUUUUAUUGGAGGUUGAUUUCUUAGUCUAAAAUAAACUGUUGCAAGCAGUAUGCUAAAUCUUGAUAUAAUUAUAUAUAUAUAUAAAUAAUUAUAUACAAAAACCAAAUACUUCUUAAUGAUAGGUAAAUUGUAUUAUGAGUAUUAUAGUGAGUAAUUACAAUCAUUUAUUCAGUAAUUAUGUGGUCGGGAGGGAGGGGCCAAGUUUUGAAUAAAAGUAGCUUUGAGUUAUUGAUAUUUGCUUUUUCAUUUCAUAAAACUAACCAAGCAGCUUUUAAUUGCUAUUAUAUGAACAUUUCGGUCGUUGUUUUCGGUCAACCUCAUUCGAACACUCUGGACAGUCGGCAGUGACUUCGUCAUGAAUGGGUGCAUUUCUUUGUCUAGUCCUUGUAAAAAGUCCGUGCUUACACGUAUACAUGCUUUCGUAUUUACAAAAUCACACCACAAUGUCUCGACCAAAGAGAAGUCCGAAUUUUACAAACGCAGAGAUCAUCAUCUUAUCAGAAGAAGUGGAGAAAAGAAAAGAUAUUAUAUUCUCCAAACACAACUCAACUGUGACAAAUCAGGCGAAAAAACGGGAAUGGGACUUAAUUUGUACAAAAGUGAAUUCGGUUUACAGCUCAUUUUCACGUACAGCAGACGACCUAAAAAAGAAAUGGAGUGUCCUCUGCAGUGACACAAAGAAAAAAAUUUCCAAAAUUAAACGAGAGGAAAGAAAAACCGGUGGUGGUAAAUUGCCGGCGGAUUGUUUCGUUACCCUUGUAGAGGACAAGAUCCAGUCAAUCAUUGGAGAAACUGCGAUAUCAGGGUUAGACGGGGGCAUCGACACUCUUGUUGUUGACAAGGAGCAAAAUGAAUCCGAAGAUAUGCAAGGAAGAGGUGGGCUCAUCAUAACAGAAGCUCCAACAGCCGAGGAGUUACCGGAAUCACCAGCACACUCUUCUCUGAAUGACACACCAACAUCAAGUUCAAUCAUACGUACAUCAACCUUCAUAAGCGCAAAGAAACGUAAGAUUGACAAAACGCCAUCACUAGAACUGAUUGAAGUUGAAAAAGAAAGAUUAGAAAUAGAGAAGAAUAGGCUGGAAGUUGAAAAGAAAAGGCUGCAUAUUGAAGAACAAAGGCUCGUUAUCGAACAAACAAGACUGCAGUUGGAGCAAGAGAAACACAGCAUAAAACUUUGUCAGCUUGGAAUUAUUUCCAAUGCCACAAUCACUUCACAGCAAUAAAUGUAUAACUCAGCUGUGAAUGCUUUAUUUCUUACAAUUCAAGAACGAAUUAUGUAGAUGUCUUUAUACUACUUUCUGUAUGCCAAAUAUUUCACACCGCAUGAAAUGCAUGAAAUAAUAGAAACAUGCUACUUAAAAUCUAGCUUCGAUCAAAUGUCUUCUGUUUUCUGUUCCAUCAUUCAGUGUUCCACGAUACACAAAGUCAUUUCCGUGAUUAAUAACAAUUCUUCCUUCUGGAUCUGGGAAUUUAUUAUCGAUACAGAUAUUGUGCAAAAAUGCAGUUGCCACUAUGAUAUUGCAGGCUCUUUCAGGCGAGAACUGUAGUGCACCUCCUGAUGUGUCCACACAACGAAACCGCAUUUUCCACACUCAAAAGCAUCUUUC